GUCGCCACAUCUCAAUUCUCAAACCCCAAAACCCUUGUUCGAUUUCCACUUUCUACUGGGACUGAAGCAAAAUUCAAAGCAAAAAUGGCAAUCGGUGCGGUCUCCGCCGCCACUAGAUCAAUUUUCCGGUCGUCUGCUGUUCGUAACGCCGCCUCCAGGGUGGCAUCUGAGGCCAAAGCUGCCCGGUCCCCUUUCCACACCGCGUCUAGAAGUCCCCUAGGUCCACGCAUCUUCAGGUGUCCAGCUGAGUUGAGCGCUUGCGUAGAGUCGUUGCAACCUUAUCACACCGCCACUGCUUCGGCUUUGAUGACUUCGAUGCUUACCGUUGCUCCCCGCAGCUUUGGUUGGCUUUCCGAAGGUAUCUAGCACCACCUCUAGGGUCUUCCUUUUCCUCCUCUAACAAUUUUUGCUGUCAAUGAUGAUGUGUGAUGAAUUUUUGGAGGACUUGAGGUAAUUUACAAAUUUCUACACUCUAUCUAUGUGGCGCUAAGUUAAGAAGGAAAGGGGUCAUGACUCAUGAGUGAACUGCAGAAGGUUGCUGUGGAUAUGCUUAAACAUUAAGGAUCAUCUUUUUUAUUCUUUUUGCAUUCUGAUAAAGUAAACAUCUGUCUUGAACAUCAAAACUGAUGUACCAAAUAGUGAGGUUGUGAAAUUCUUUGACGAGUUGUAAUGGAGAUGAAUGACGAUGAGUUUGUCUUUGUUUGAACUACUUAUGAUACUAGAAAUAUCGAAUGGACAUCAUACUGAUUGUUUUUUAUGUAUCAA